CCAACUCGCCAGUGGACGGCGCGAGUGACCGCACGUGUUCCAUAUUCGAAUUUUAAAAAAUCGAAUUUCAAUUAUUCUUAUUUGAAAAUAUUGUGAUUAUUUUUUUAUCGAUAUCCUUGCGCUGGGAAGAUGCGGCCCUACGUUUUUGGAAUUUUUAUGGUCCUUGCGUGUUCCUGUCUAGAAGUACUGUCGCGGCCAUCAAACAAUGAGGUGGCGACAUCUAUCGACAAUCUAACAGAAACGCCAGUAGAACAAGAAAGAUCUUUGGCUUACGAUGAAACUAACAGAGAGAACGAAGGUGUUACUAAAGAUAUAUUGGAAAAGAUAAAAGCUAUAAACGAUGCUCUCAAGAAACCCAGCAGACGUAAUCAAUUCCAAUGGAAUGCUCCACAUGAAACAGGAGGAGAAUACGUCCUUGAUAAAGAAAUCUUAGAGAAACUGCAACAAGUUAUAGCUUCUGGCAAAUUAAAUUCCAAUUUAAAAAAUGUACAACAGCAGGAGAGCAAUACAAUUUUCAAUGAAGAUGCUGAUGAUACCAGAUACUCAAGACAAUUGGCCUCUCUGUAUGGUGGGAACCAACCUCAAAUGACACCUGCGUAUAUCAUGAACAUGCCUGUUCUUAUCAUGCCACCGAUGAACAACAUGUACAACAAUUACAUGAACCCUAUGGAAUACAGCACAAAAAUUCAAACUAGACAAGAAGGUCCAACCUCGCCAUUUCCAUCCUUUCCAUCUUUUCAGUGGCCUUUUGCACAAUUUUUCCCCAUUCUUAUAAGAGACCCGUUACUAAGUAUUAUGAAUGGAGGGGGGUGGAGCAAUUUUGUUGAGGUUGGUCAAAGCGCUGAUGUUUGUAGAAAACAAAAAUCUAACGAUCCAAACAUUAUAACUGAAAAUAAAAUCGAAGAUGAUGUCGUAAAAGUUGAAGAGCCCAGUGUACUUCCAGCUGUCGAAACAAGAACAAGACAAAAAAGAGCAGUAAAAAAACGCACUGUGUCUCAAGGCAGCAAACUACAAGAAAUUGAUGCACUCAAGUUAAAUAAAUUCUUUACCAUAAAGCCUACAACUACAACACCAAAGCCCGCUAAAGUUGUGACACCAGACAUCAAAACUGUUGGUCAUGAUGAGGGAGACUUGCGAUUCCCGUUCUUAGAUUUAUUUGGAAAUAAAAACAAGAAGCCAGCUGGGCCCAGUUUCUACAUCAAUAGGCUGAAGGUUAGGCGUGGAGGAGUAGCUAUCGCUGGUCCCGGAGGAGUGGCUACUGCUGGCAGAGGUGGGACCGCGAUCGUAGGCCCCGGCGGCCUAGCUUACACCCAACCAGGAGGACUCGCCGUAGCUGGACCCGCAGCGCACGUAGUAGCAUUAUCAUCCGAAGCUGACCUUACUUCAGUCGCUCAUCGUCUACAGGAACAAAGUAAAAACGGACGAGGAAGGCGAGAGGACGGAGAAUGGAGCAGAAUGAAGCAGGAAUCAGAUCAGUACAUAUACGAUGGCAUGAAUUUUCAGGAAGAGCCCUUAAAGUUGGAGGACACGACGUUCAUGCUAUUCAUUAAACCUGUAGCUCAUGCUUUGAAUUCUAAAGGGACAGCUUUGGCAAAUCCCAUUUCCCAAGUUGUAAUAGCGAGAAACCAGAGUGGGACUAUUCUUCAUGCGCCUCUAGCCACUGCCGUGGCAGGCCCUGGUGGCGUGGCUCAUGCUCAAUCAGUACAAUAUGUACCAUUCUACGGAGGAGCCAAGGGUCAAUACCUAGAAAUUAAGAAAGACAACCUUGGCAGGAUAACUGGCGAGAAAAUUGUCUCAGAAGAAAAUAUCAGCAGUGAAAAUAUUCUCAAAAACAGCGAUGAGAACCUUCUAGCGAAAGUAAUGGCUGCCAAUCUUCAAAAUCUGAGGAUGUUAUCAACGAAUUUGUUGAAACUGCAUAAUAUUGGUCGUAAGACUGGAUCCUUAGGAGAUGUUGAGAAGACCAGAUAUAAGACCCAGUUGGCUUCACUCGGCGAAGCUGCGUCGAACAUCAUUAAGCUGAUAGAAGAAGUAGAUGAUGUUGAUGUUCUGUUUAGGAAGAACGCUACUGUGAGGACUAAGGGUGACGAGGAUGAUGAUUAUAUUGCUGAAGAGGGCGUUGGCAUCGAAGCUUCCAGUGAUGACAGCAGCGAAGCACAAGAAUUUCUUGAAAAGGGUACCAUUGCUGAAGCCAAACCUGUUGGUCUAGCAGUUAUCGGUGAAAACGGCUUGGCAGCUUCAAGACCACUGGCUACUGCUGUAGCCGCCUCAGGGGUGGCACUGGCCAGACCUGUAGCGACAGCCAUCGCCGGAGUAGACCCUUCAGCGUUAGGCAUUAGCUUCCAGUUGAAUCAUUCGAAGAAGGCUUAAG